UGUCAAAAAGUUGGCAUUUAUCCCAUCUGUUAAAUUGGUUUUGAUUUUGCUAAUUCCCAAAAUACUUACAAGUACUGAAAGGAAAAAAUGCCAGAAUAUAAUUUUUUUCAUUGAAAUGAUGAAUUAAAACCUUAAACAACAUUAGUUUAGUCAGAAAAAAAUAUAAAAUCAUAUCAAUGUGAGUGUUGACACUGAGAAACUACAAAAUUGUGUUUGUAACCGAAAGAUAAAUUACCUUUCGUUUAUUAAGCCUUGUCAAAAAUUCUAUAGCCAACAACAUUGUCAUUCGGAUUAUUAGUAAAAUAGAAGAUAGCUUACAUUACGGAAGGUCGUUCUUUGUUUCCCCUUAUGCCGACGUAUGACAUAAUGCAGUGAAUAGCAGUGAAGUUCAAGGGUUCUGACUGAGUUUAAGUAAUUUGGAAAGUAAAAAUGGACAGCGUACCAGAAUCUCCGAUUAAGGCUAGUCCCUUAACUGAGGAUGAAGCCUUCGUAGAAAGCGAAACAGAUUAUUCCAGUAUUAGAGGGAAGAUGGUGAUGGUGAGUCCAAAUGCUGAUGAGUAUGAGUUACUCCGUAAACAGCUAUUGGAAAGGCUUGAAGCUGGAAAUGGCGAGAUCAUUUAUGAUAUUGGACAUGGAGAAGAUGGUCGGGGCUUAACAGAGGAUGAAUACAAUGCGUCCCUAGCAACGCUUCAUUCAUUGGUGGCAAGUGAGAGAGUGUCAUGUGUUGAGCUGAGGAGGUGGGAGUGUGGAAGUGGGCUCACCGGCCAAUACCUCCUUAGGACGGAGCUUGACAAUAAUGACUUUAUGGAGAUUAGAGUGGCGGUGGUGGGUAACGUGGACGCUGGCAAGUCCACGCUGCUCGGGGUCCUCACGCACGGAGAACUGGACAACGGUCGAGGGUAUGCACGGCAGAGGCUGUUCCGACACAAACACGAGAUGGAGAGCGGGAGGACCAGCUCUGUGGGGAACGACAUACUGGGCUUUGACAAUAUGGGUAAUGUUGUGAAUAAGCCAGAUCACGGCACUCUUGACUGGGUGAAGAUCUGCGAGAAGUCUUCCAAAGUGAUAACGUUUAUAGACCUAGCUGGACAUGAGAGGUACCUCAAAACUACGGUCUUCGGGAUGACGGGACACGCUCCCGACUUUGGGAUGCUCAUGAUCGGAGCCAACGCGGGUAUAGUAGGAAUGACCAAGGAACACCUCGGGCUCGCUCUUGCCUUGUCAGUGCCAGUAUUCGUGGUCGUCACCAAGAUUGACAUGUGUCCGCCUAACGUUCUGCAAGACAACCUGAAGCUGCUCAUCAGGAUCCUUAAGUCGUCGGGGUGCAGGAAGGUUCCGGUGAUGGUGAAGUCGAAGGACGAUGUCAUUGUCAGCGCCACCAACUUCGUUUCGCAAAGGCUGUGCCCAAUAUUUCAAGUUUCGAACGUGAGUGGGGAGAACCUCGAGCUAUUGACGAUGUUCCUGAACCUAUUGAAGACGAGGAUGCCCUCGCACGAAGACAAGCCAGCCGAAUUCCAGAUAGACGACACAUACUCCGUGCCGGGCGUGGGCACGGUGGUGUCGGGCACGGCGCUGGCGGGCGUGGUGCGCGCGGGCGACACGCUGGCGCUGGGGCCGGACGCGCUGGGCCGCUUCCACCCCGUCGCCGUCAAGUCCAUCCACCGCAAGCGCAUGCCGGUGCACGAGGUGCGCGGCGGACAGACGGCCAGCUUCGCGCUCAAGAAGGUGAAGCGUUCUCAAAUCCGCAAGGGCAUGGUGAUGGUCUCUCCGUCGCUGAACCCUCAGGCGUGCUGGCAGUUCGAGGGGGAGAUCCUCGUGCUGCACCACCCGACCACCAUCUCCUCGCGUUACCAAGCCAUGGUGCACUGCGGCAGUAUCAGACAGACAGCAUCCAUAUUGUCGAUGUCCAGGGACUGCCUUCGGACCGGGGACAAAGCUUUAGUCAAGUUCCGCUUCAUCAAACAUCCGGAGUAUCUCAAGAGGGGACAGAGAAUGGUGUUCCGUGAGGGUCGUACGAAAGCCGUGGGCAACGUGCUACGUCCGGAGCCGAUGUCGCUGAAGCCCGCCCGGCACGACCGCCGGAACCCGCAGCACAACAACCACGCAGCCGACGAGAGUGAUUCGCAGCACGUGCAAGAGAGCGACGUGACUGCAAUGGACUCUCCGUUCGAGAUCCAAGCGGACAAGCGCGUCCAAGGCGGAGGGGCGGGAGGGGGGCGUCGUGGUCGGAAGAGACACGACAAGCCGCCCGAACCCACACAACCGACCGUCGCUGCGGCUAAUUAAUACACGCUGCAGUCAAGACGACAGUGUUGCUAAUCUAGAAGAAAAUGAUAAUUUUUGGGGUUUUUUCUCUCAUUUUAAACUUUUUCAAUUUUGGUAUGAAGGGCGCUUGAUGAAAAUGCCUAUAAAGUUUUUUGUUCAAUAAAAAUGCUUGAACGUCAAAUGUCAGAAUUAUAGUUCGUUUUUACAUAAAUACGGUAGGUAUAGGUUGAAAAUGUUUUCCUUUUACAUUUUAAGUAGGAUAGGCACAAAAAGUACAAGAAAUGUACAUUGAAAAAAAAAACAUUUUUUGGUAGACUUAGCUUAAUCAAGUCUGUCAACUUUAAUAGUUACUAAUUUCUGUGAAAUAGUGGCUGUAAAUUUAACGUAUUAAAUAUUAAAAAAAAUAUAUUAAUAUUUGUCCACAGAGGACAGUUAUAAUUAGGACUUCUAGAAGUUUGCUAGAUACAUUAUCAUCGAAAUUAUAUUAUUCAAUAUACUAAUACUGUGCAAUCGCCUUUAAGAAUGUAAUUCAAUCGAUAAAUAACUUUACAAAUAUUCGGAGAAGAAUCUGUAUUAAAUGUAAAACAACUAUAGUUUACUUUUAAUACAAAACUAUUGCUCUAAAAUGACUGGCUGGAAAGUGGCACAUACUAUUCAAAUUAAUCUAAAAUCUAUAUUGAUCUUUUCAUCUAACUUAAAGGUUUUUCUAGUGAUUAUUGCAUAGUACAAUUUAGUAGUUUUACUACCAAGGGUAGAACUCUGUCCUGUCCUUUUCUGGGGACGUAGUGACACUGAUUAAUCUAGACAGCCUCAAGCCAUACCGCUAAUCCACCUGUCACAAUGGGUCGGCAUGUUUUCGCAAGUUAAAUCACUAAUAACCUCAAGGUUCUUAUAACACUAAUUAAAACGCAAGUAUAUAUUUUUACAGCACUAAGCUUAAUCUUUUAGGGUCACUUAAAAUAUUUGAACACUUAAAAAUAAAAAUUAAAGUUAAGGAGAUCAGAGUUUUGAAUCAUCAUUGCCUUAACUCUGAAUACCUUAUAAUCGCAAUAAAAUUAGUGAAGCUAGCUGCUUGCUAAAAGUAAAUAUAUUUUCAAUAUUUUGACAUUUACAAUGAAUACCAUUGCAAUAUUGUGAUUUUUUCUUAGGAUUAAGUAAAGUUUAUAUUUUUAUUGAUUUGUUCAGAGUGAGCGAAAUAAAAAUAGCUCUAACUAUA